AUGAAGCUCUCUAUAGCUACACUUGGCCUCUGUGCGACUGCUGCGGUCGCCUUACCAUCAGAACUUGCUCAACGUGCUGCAGGAGACCUUGGCAAGCGUCAAUCGAUCACGACCAGUCAGACGGGAACGAACAAUGGCUAUUAUUACUCGUUCUGGACCAACGGCGGAGGAGAGGUAACUUACACGAAUGGUGCCAAUGGCGAGUACAGUGUGACCUGGGUCGAUUGCGGGGACUUUACAUCUGGCAAGGGCUGGAAUCCAGCCAAUGCACAGACCGUUACGUACUCCGGAGAAUUCGAUACCUCUGGAAAUGCCUAUCUUGCUAUCUACGGCUGGACAACCGAUCCUCUUGUCGAAUAUUACAUCCUGGAGUCCUACGGCACAUAUAACCCAGCAUCUGGUCUUACUUCACUUGGCCAAGUUACUAGCGAUGGUGGCACGUACGAUAUCUACUCCACACAACGCGUCAAUCAACCUUCCAUCGAGGGAACUUCAACCUUCAAUCAGUACUGGUCAGUUCGUACAGAGAAACGAGUCGGCGGAACUGUCACCACGGCCAACCACUUUGCAGCAUGGAAGGCACUUGGACUUGAGAUGGGAACUUAUAACUAUAUGAUCGUGUCCACCGAAGGAUACGAGAGUAGUGGUUCUAGCACAAUCACCGUGUCUUGA